UUGGUUCGUCAAAAACAAGUAAAGUCAUAUAAAACGGUCGUAAUUUAUUUAUCGACUAGUUUUAUGUACUUACAUAAAUAUAUAUAAUAUACAUAUUGUGUGUGUAUAUAUAUAUAUAAAUUUUCGGUUUGCGAAUCGUACGAUUCCGUUCAGGUGAAAUGAACUCGUCGGAAAUGAAUGUUCUGUGCGUUUUAUUUGUACUUUGCAUCAGUGCGAUCGCCGUGCAAGGACGCUCCAAAAGUCCUUUACUCGACGAAGACGGAGCUAGGAUAAUUAACAAAGCAGCAGAAUGCGUGUUCGGGUCGCAAGUGAGGGAGCUUGGAUCAUCGUGGGUCCCGGAUCUGGGUAUCCCGAUCGGAGUCCUGUACUGCAUGAAAUGCGAAUGUGUACCGUCGCAGAGGAAAAGGAGGAUCGUGGCCAGGGUCCAAUGUCGCAGCAUCAAAAACGAGUGUCCGGAACCGAGCUGCGAGGAGCCGGUCCUCUUACCCGGAAACUGCUGCAAAUCCUGUCCGGGCGACAACUACAGUGAAGAAGUUCAUGAUGUCGUGCCGCAAAACACCAUGGAGGAAGAAGAAAGGAAUACUAAACAUUACGCAGCCUUGCUAACAGGAAGAUCGCCUUUGGUGUUGAGGAAUGACGAUAUGAAGCCAAUAAUCAACGAUAACAAGAAUAAUGUCGUUGCGACUGGUCGCUUUACCUUCCAGAAGAAGAACCUUUACUUCUCGUUUUACAUUUCGGAUAAGGCGGCUCGUCCGAGGUCUUUGCAAUUCGUGGAUGAGAACGCUAAUAUUUUGGAUGAGAUCGUUCUCUCUGGUGCUGGAGGAAUUGUGAACAGUCAUUAUCAGAAUGUGACUAGGAAGGUGUGCGGUGUCUGGAAGCGACUUCCAAGAGAUUACAGGAAGUACUUGAAGGAAGGUAAACUGUACGCCGUUCUGGUUUGGGGUGUUAAGCAUCAAUCGGAAUUUAUGCUGAGCGGUAAGAUCACCAAGUACGUGGCUCUGAGCACCGAACUCUUCAGUUCUUUGCUGGAACCAGCGCCAGGUACGGAUCCCGUUAUGAUGGCCGGCGCCGGAGGAACCGCCAUAGUAUCCAUCUGGACGGCGACUCCAUCCAUCCACAUAGCGAUUGUCUUCAACGGGGUUUUCACAGCGGAGGAAAAGAGCAACGUAACGAUUAACAUCAACUUGUCUUUGGACGAGAAGAAGGUUAUCUAUAAUGAAACGUUGAAGAUCGAGAAACCGGCGCACGAGUUGAACGUGGUCGAGAUCAAAUCGUCGCUGACUACGAACGAGUUGAAGCAUCUGACCAAAGGUAAAUUGGUGCUGAGCAUCUCUUCGAUUUCCCAUCCGACUGCUCUGAAGUUGUCGGGAAAUCUGAUGACGAAAGCUACCUGCGAAUUGUUCCAAACAACGCUGUCUUCGCCUGGGAACAACAAUUACGGAACAUCGGGUCUCGCUUGGUUAUUCUUGAACAACGACGGAAGUCUCGUAUACAAUAUCCAAGUUGAUGGCCUGACCAAUCAGCAGCAACCCAUGUACAUAACCCUGCAGGAUAUGAGCACGAGGAAGAAGACAGAACUCGAAGAUUUAACUCCAUACUAUAGGAUGGGAUGGGCCAACGGCACUGUUGACAGGAUCUUCCCUAAGCUUCUCGAUCCUCUCUACUCUGGUAACCUUGCUGUGAACGUGGCUACUCAAUCAGAGAACAGUCUGAUCAGAGGCAAAUUAUCUCCUCGUUUAGUGGCGGAGGCGAGGGACGCAUCCGCGCCGGUUCUAUUAAAACGCGAAGAUUACUCUUUGCCAACGUCGGCCGUCGGUAUGGCUUGGAUUAACGUCGAUAAUGACUGUAAUAUUCAUUAUGACGUAUCCCUCACCGGUCUCGGCAGUCAAGAAAGACAACUCGAGUUAUAUUUAGAAUUCCUACCGAUGAUCGCCCCCGGCGCUCCAGUUCUUUACCGCCACUUGGGGGAAAUCCAAGGCAGCCAAGUCGAAGGUAGUCCAACGGAAGCGCUGCGUUACGAAGAACUGAACCGACUGGACUCCGGUGUUUGCUUCAUCAAAGUUAAAGAGUCGCACAACAGGAACGCGACUCUUUUAGCCGCAACCCUCAAGCAGGUUAAAGUACCAUUGACCUGCCUACCCCAUUACACCGACAACGACGUGCACAUCCUUUACGACACGGAAGUGCCUCAAGGUGGCGCGUGUCUGCACGAAGGAAGGUUCUUCAAGGAAGAAGCUUCAUGGACGUCCACCCAGGACCCAUGUACCAUGUGCUACUGUCAGAACGGAAACACAAAAUGCGAUACGUCCACCUGCCCCGAACUCCACUGCUCCAACAACAUGAAGAUCAAGAACCCAGGAGAGUGCUGCCCCAUCUGCGCCAACUCCUCCGCUCCCCGGGACAUCAUCCCGGCCGGCUGUACUUUCGGUGGUAAAUUCUAUUCAUCCGGCAGUAAAUUCCACCCCUUCCUCAUACCAAACGGAUUCGACCAUUGCACUGAAUGCGCCUGCGAAGAAGCCGAAGUGAAAUGCACCAGGAAAGGCAAUGAAAAGCAAUGUUGCCGGAAUUGCGAAACCGAAGCCAUGAGAGCUUCAGAGAAUGGAACAUACCUUGGAGACGGCAGCAGAACCCUUCUACCGGACAUCGUGAAACCAGUAAAACCAAAAAAGAACGUGCAACAGAUUCUCUUAGACGGUGGCUGCAAGAACCCAGCCGACGCGUUAUCCCCUUUCGAAAACGGACAGAAGUAUCAUCCGUUCAUCGCCACACUCGGCGAAUUCAAGUGCGUCACAUGCAAAUGCAAGAACGGCAACACGAAAUGCGAGCGACCGAAUUGCACCAAAGCCCUGUGCCAGAAGUUCAUCAAAUCGCACAGGAACCACAGCCUGAUCAUGGGCACGCCCGAAUCCUGCUGCAGUCUGCAGUACUGCAGACGGUACCGACGACAUCAUAAGCCUUACAACAACAAGAGUUGAAUUCCUGGGCCCUUUCACUAGACUCGAGCAGGAGGACAACGAUAACUGGCAUCAUUAAAAAAGAACAACGAUGUGCUUCCUCUUUUCUUUUCAAUUUCUUUCAAAGAAAGCAAAAACAAAACUAUAUAUAUAUUAUUAAAAAAAAAGGAGAAAGAAAACUCGCGGCCUCCUCGAGCUCCCUCUUAAAAUAAUUACCUUUCUACCAAAGAAGACUGAUGCAGAUAUUUGUAUGCAAAACUUAAGAAGAAGAAAAAAGCGUUUUUUAAAAAAAUAGGAAAAAUCAGAGCGAGAAAAAAAAAACGAUUGAAACUUUUCACAUAACCGAUUGGUCCUUAUCGAAGUUUUGCCUUCAACACGAGUAGAAGUUAUAUGUGUUUUAUUUUUUAUUAAUUAAUUUCUUUCUGUGUAUUAUUUAUU